GGGGGGAGGGCGGAGCCUGCAGUGAAGAAAGAAGGAGGGUGAAGACCCGGAUGCUGAACCGGAUUGUGUAUGAAUUUUCCGCCCGCUAGCUGGAGAAGGGGAGGAGCAGGAGGGCGCGGAGCGGAGCGGAAGGGGGCAUUUGAGCGGAAAAUAAGCGGGGCUUCGCGGACCCUGGCGGACCCUGCGACUCUGCAGGCAAAGCGACUCUUGGAGGCGCUCUGCCAAGCCAAUUCUAGAAGUCGGCUUCAGAGUUGUUUAAAUCCCCCGCCAGCAUCUCAGGCCAUUUUCUGCUGACUCGUCAUCUCCCGGAGUUGAGUGGAAGGGAUCCCUGCGCUUCACAGCUGCGCUUACAUUUGUAUGUCUCUAUUUAGACAUUCUGAAACUAGACCCUUCCUCUGCUGUUUUCAUUUUUCACGUGCAUGAUUUCAUCUUCUUAAGGCGUUAGAAAACACUUUCCGUUCGUUAGUUCAGUUCUUCGAGUAUUUACUGAGCACUAAAUGGACACCCGUGCGAGUGUGAAAUUGCAACAGCGAUUAGCUUUGAAAUUCAGAAACAAUGGAGAAGAAUCAAGAAAAAGUCCAGAGGAUUCUUCUAGAACCGUACAAGUACUUGCUUCAAUUACCAGGUAAACAAGUGAGAUCCAAACUUUCACAGGCAUUUAAUCAUUGGCUAAAAGUCCCAGAAGACAAGCUACAGAUUAUCAUCGAAGUGACAGAAAUGUUGCAUAAUGCCAGUUUACUCAUUGAUGAUAUUGAAGACAAUUCAAAACUCCGACGUGGCUUUCCAGUGGCACACAGCAUCUAUGGAAUUCCAUCUGUCAUCAAUUCUGCCAAUUACGUGUAUUUUCUUGGCCUAGAGAAAGUCUUAACCCUCGAUCACCCCGAUGCAGUAAAGCUUUUUACCCGCCAGCUUUUGGAACUCCAUCAGGGACAAGGCCUGGACAUAUACUGGAGGGAUAACUACACUUGCCCCACUGAAGACGAGUACAAAGCUAUGGUGCUGCAGAAAACAGGUGGACUCUUUGGGUUAGCAGUGGGCCUCAUGCAGUUGUUCUCUGAUUACAAAGAAGAUUUAAAGCCAAUACUUGAUACACUUGGGCUCUUUUUCCAAAUUAGGGAUGAUUAUGCUAAUCUACACUCCAAAGAAUAUAGUGAAAACAAAAGCUUUUGUGAAGAUCUAACAGAGGGAAAGUUCUCAUUCCCUACUAUUCAUGCUAUUUGGUUGAGGCCUGAAAGCACCCAGGUGCAGAAUAUCUUGCGCCAGAGAACCGAAAACAUAGAUAUUAAAAAAUACUGUGUACAUUAUCUUGAGACUGUAGGUUCUUUUGAAUACACUCGGAAUACUCUUAAAGAGCUUGAAUCUAAAGCCUAUAAACAAAUUGAUGAACUUGGCGGGAACCCUGAGCUAGUAGCUCUAGUAAAGCACUUAAGUAAAAUGUUCAAAGAAGAGAGUGAAAUAUAUUAAGCUAUUCUUGAUUAGGCCUAAUAGCUUAUUUCAGUUAAUGAGUUUGUCUUUUAGCCUGUCAUUUUGAAAAUUUGGAGCAAGCUGUUUGACUCCAAAAACUGAGUGGAUGGGUGAUCAUUGUACAAAAUUGGCAGUCAAAAGGAGUCACAUUUAAUAGGUCUGAUUUGAAUGUGUUUAGUAGGUGUGCUGUGUUGGGUCUUUGUGGUCCACUCUGCCACAAAUGUUUUACUGAUCAUGUCAAUAAAGAAUUCAGCCCCGGC